AGUACCGGUUGCGCCCCCUAUACGUGAAACUGUCGCUUUCUCGUGCUUUUCGUGCUAAAAAUGGAGGACGAGGAGAAUUCGUCGUCUGUAGACGAGAACUGCAAUACUAGUGAUUCAGAUAGUAGUUCCAACUCUGAUAGCGAGUUGGAAGCAGCAGUGAGUAAAGUCAAACAAGCGAUGACAGAUACAACGUUUACUGAACAAGGUGUGUCAAAGUUGGAUGAUAAUCACCGAACUAUUCGUCGAGUGACCAGGUCAAUGAAGGCGGAUAGUCAAUCGCUCAGAGAAAACACGGAAGAACGAAUAGAUUCACCAAGCCAAAAUAUCACAGCGAAAGAUGAGAGUGCUGAAAUAUUUGUAAUUGAUAAGACUCCACACACGCAACAAGAAUCGAUCUCGAACAGUAUAAACUUUGAUGUCUGUGAUUCUGAAGGCAACUUGCAAGCUAACGAGUUACAGUCGACGAACGUGACGCAUGCCAACCAGGAUGAAGAAAUAUUUAUAAUCACAGGCUCGGCAAAUCCAGCAAAACAUAGCUCGUAUACCCUUCCGUCAUACAUAGAUGCAGGGAUUGACGUCUCUGACACUUACUUUGUCGAUCCAGAGCGAGCUGCAAAAAAAGCUAUACGAGGCAAGCCUCGAGUUGGCAAGAGCAUAAUAAAGAAAUUUACCCAAACCAGUGAGCUUCUGAUAAAGAGCAACAUCAAACCAGGGUUUGAAAAGCAAGAAUCUGUGCCAACACACCAAGAAAGCAAGAAGAAAAUAACAAAGCAGAAAAAGGAGGAGCGAGAGAAGACCAAGGGUAAGAAGUGGUUUGACAUGCCCAAGACUGAGAUCACAGAUGAGGUGAAGAGAGAACUUCAAGUGAUCCACAUGAGGCGGGCUCUCGACCCAAAACACUUCUACAAGGGCAACGACAUGAAAGGAAUGCCAAAAUACUUCCAGAUGGGAAAGGUUAUAGAAUCGUCAGCCGAUUUCUACUCUUCACGAAUUCCCAAGAAGGAUAGGAAGCAGUCUCUAGUUGAUGAACUGAUGGCUGAUGCUCAGUUCAGACAAUACAACAAGAGGAAAUAUGCAGAGGUCAUGGCUGCUUCUGCACUGACUGGUAAUCGAGGUGCAAAAAAGCACAUGAAGCGCUUGAAAUCGAAGAAGAAAUAGAUGCUCACAGAAUUGCUCAAGUUGAUUUUGAACUUGCAUGUAAAAUCGGAAGCCCAUUCUAAUCAACACUGACGUCAUGUCAUUCAGAAGUUGAGAUAUUUUGAAUGUCAGUGUUAAUGAAAUGAUGUAUUUGAUAAAUUAAAAAAUGUUUUAAUUCUA